UUCUACACGAAUAGCGAACAACACGCUCUCCCGUAUGAUACCAGAGACUUUGACGGCCAUAGCAAGCGUGUUAGGAGAUAAUGCGACACAGUGUCCACGUGAUCCUGCCGAGUGGAAAGUAAUAGAAGAUGGGUUCCACAGCCUCUGGCAAUUCCCGCAUUGCAUUGGAGCACUUGAUGGGAAACAUGUCAAGUUUAGGCCUCUGCGCUCUGAUGGUUCAUCAUUCAGAAACUACAAAGGUCACGACAGCAUAGUUCUUUUAGCUCUAGUAGAUGCUAAUUAUAAAUUUUUGUUUGUGGACAUUGGCAGAAAUGGAAGAAUGAAUGAUGGUGCAAUAUUCAGAGAGAGUGCCUUGUUCAUGAAACUCAUGGAUGGUUCAUUAAAUUUGCCACCAAGUCUCCACUUCCAGGUAGUGACAUCUGUGUUCCCUACAUGUUUGUGGCAGAUGAUGCUUUUGCGUUAAAGGAAAAUUUAAUGAAACCAUAUCCUGAACGUGACAUGACACCUGAAAAAAGAAUUUUUAACUACAGAAUUUGUAGAGCACGUAGAGUUGUGGAAAAUGCCUUUGGCAUAAUGUCAAACAAAUUCAGAAUUUUGCUGCAGACUAUUCCACUAUCUGUUUCCA